AUGAGCACGAUGGCGGCCAACGCCGACGACAUCUAUGCCGCCUUCCAGACCCCGGAGAGCGGCGCCAACCCGUGGACCACCGCCGCGAACCCUUUUGAGGGCUCGCCCACCAAGUCCCUCGGUGGCAACCCGCUCAUGCAAGCCCCGCCCUCGCAGUGGGGCCGGAACGGCAUGGGGUCGGCCUGGGGCGUACCCGGCAGCCGUCUCGGCACGAUGGGCGGCGCCCUUGCCGGUGCGGCGCGACCCAUGACAUCGAACCGCCCAGUCGGCUUCAGCAGCACGGCGAAGACCGGCGCGGCGGCGAUCUUCGAUCCGACUGGUCAGGCUCGCAACGCCAACAUGGCCGUCGGCCCCGCCCCGCCGCUCAAGAAACGGAGCGAGAACAGCCCUGAGGAAGAGUUCGCCGAGAUGGAGAAGCAGGUGAACAAGUUGAUCGAGGAGAGCGCCAUGCUGGCCAUGCAGAAGGACUACGGUGCCGCGCUCGAGAAGGCGAGGGACGCUGGCAAGCUGGAGCGGCAGCUGUGCAAGCAGCGGGAGCAGCGCGGGUUUGCUGAGCAAAUCAACGUUGACCUCACCUACGCCGUACACUUUAACCUGGCGGUGCAGUACCAGAAUCACCAGCUGUACAACGAGGCCCUCAACACGUACAACUUGAUUAUCCGCAACGUGCAGUUUCCGCAGGCGGGCGGGCUGCGCGUGAACAUGGGCAACAUCUACCUCGCCCAGAACAACUACCUCCUCGCUAUUAAGAUGUACCGCGCCGCGCUGGACGAGGCGCCGGAGGCCGGCAAGGACCUCCGCUACCGUCUCUGCCGCAACAUCGCGAAUGCCUUCGUGAAGCUGGGCCAGUACCGCGACGCGGCCAACAGCUACGAGACGGUGAUGGAGGGCAACGCGGAUGUGACGUCCACCUUCAACUUAAUUCUGUGCUACUACGCGCUGGGAGAGACGGAGCGAAUGAAGCGGGCUUUCACGCGGCUCCUCAACUGCCACCUCGCCGGCCUUGACGGCGAGCAGGACUUCGAGGAGGAGGAGAAGCGGAAGGACGUGCUGGUGGACGACGGCCUCAGCAGCAUGCGCAAGGAACGCCGCGCGCGCUACCUGAAGUACAUCAUCACGGCGGCGCGACUCAUCGCACCGGUGCUGAACAAGGACUGGUGCGUCGGCUUCGACUACAUCAUCGGCCAGCUCCGCAACUACGAGAUGCGCGACCCCAGCUCGCACGUCGCCAGCGAACUCGAGAUGUGCAAGAACCUGAACUUCCUGAAGCACAAGCGCUACCAGGAGGCGAUCAACGGGCUCAAGCUCUUUGAAAAGAAGGACAAGAGCCUGCGCGCGCGUGCGGCGACGAAUCUGGCGUACCUCUACUUCCUCGAGGGCGACUACGACAACGGCGAGCAGUACAGCGACAUGAGCCUGGAGGAGAAUCAGUACAACGCCAAGGCGCUGGUGAACAAGGGAAACUUCUCCUUUGUCAAGAAGGACUUUGAGAAGGCGAAGGAGUUCUACAACAAGGCCCUCGCGGUGGAGGCGGACAACGUCGAGGCCAUCUACAACCUCGGCCUGACCGCCAAGAAGCUCGGCCUCUACGAGGAGUCGGUGCGCAUGUUCAAGCGGGUCCAGGCCCUCGUGGAUAGCAGCGAGGUGCUGUACCAAAUCGCAGACCUGAACGACCUCGUCAGCGACCCGUCGGCCCUGGAGUGGUUUAACCGGUUGAUUGGGCGUGUGCCAACCGACCCGAACGCGCUCGCCCGCGUCGGCUCCCUCUACGCCCGCGACGGGGACGACGUGCAGGCUUUCCACUACUACCUCGAGGCGUACCGCUACUACCAGGUGAACAUGGACGUCAUCUCGUGGCUGGGUGCCUACUUUGUGAAGAACGAGGUGUACGACAAGGCCGUGCAGUUCUUCGAGCGCGCCUCGCACAUCCAGCCGCAGGAGGUGAAGUGGGAGUUGAUGGUCGCCUCCUGCCACCGCCGCCGCGGCGACUACGUGCUGGCGAAGCGGCUCUACGAGCAGGUGCACCGCAAGUACCCCAAUAACGUGGAGUGCUUGAAGUACCUCGUGCAGAUCUGCAAGGAUGCCAAUCUGACGGAGGAGGCGAACGAGUGGUUCAAGACGAUGAAGAAGGCGGAGCGGCAGCAGAUUCACAGCGGCAGCAGCAGUCUCGCCGGCGAGAGUGGCGACGAUGACAGCGACUCGUCGGAUGCUGGCGCCAACCACCACAACCACCGCGGCAGUGCUGGAGGUGGUGCAAACGGCACGAGUGAGGGCCCUGUGGCGGGCCGCCGCGCGGGUGGUCGCGGGGGGAACGCCGCUGCGGAUAAAGAUCUCACCGCGGGGCUAUCGGAUGACGACAUUGCCGUUAGCAAACAGAAGAACGGCAGCGGUGGUGGUGGUGGAAAGUCAAAGAAGCAAAAGGUGAGCGACUCGGACGAGGACAUUGAGCUUCCUGGCAUUUGA